CCUCAGGGAUGGAAGUUUGAUUUGUGACCUCGUUGGGAUCCCUUCAGGGAAUAGGAUUUGGGGAGGGUCUGAGAAAUUUAGAAGGAAUGUGAAAGUAGCUACACAGCAAGGUCUGUCAGCUUUUUAACUCUGAUGUCACACCUGUAGCACUCUCUAAACUUUUUAAAAUUUUGUUUGUUUUUGCAGUACUGGGGUUUGAACUCAGGGCCUACACCUUGAGCCACUCCACCAGCCCUUUUCUGUGAUGGGUUUUUUUGAGAUAGGGUCUCAUGAACUAUUUGCCCGGUCUGGAUUCCAACCAAGAUUGUCCUGCUUUGAUCCUGAGUAGCUAGGAUUAUAGGUGUGAGCCACCAGCACCUGGCUCUGUCCUCUGAACUGUUGAAAGGGAGCUCUGGGCUAGUGCCUGUAAUACCUGCAAACUGGUUCCAGGUUUGCCCCUGACUGAGUUUGUACCCUUCAGUUAGCCCCAUUUGGGAGCCCAGUUGCCCCACCUAGAAAUGUCUGUUUUGCUUGGCUCCAGUUACCAGAUGGCUGGAUGGAAGGGUACCUAAGGCUUGCACUGCUGAAUGGAGGGGUUAGACUAUCCUAGCAUUCCUAGGGAGCCACCUGAUCAAAUUGGAGCCUUUAAAACUUACCCUGGCUGCCAAGUGAGAAUGGUCUAUAGGAUGCCAUAGGUGGAUCCUGGAAAGAGGAAAGAGGCCUUGGAACUGUCCAGCAACCGGGACUAGGGUGGUCACAGUGACAGUAGAGGGAGAAGUUUAGAAGAAUGGGCACUGUCAAAAUGUAUCAGGGAGGUAGAACAGACUUGGUGAUAAGUAAGGUAUGGAGGGUGGGGGAGAGGUGGGAGCCAGGGAGAACUUGAGGGUCUAACCAAAAGGUCUAGAAGAUGCCACUUUGGCCUGUAGGGAAAAAUAGUGCUGCUGCCACUGACCCACAUUCCCUUAAAUGGGGUAACAGAAAACAGUGCUCUUGUUUGAACCAAGUGACUUGAAGCACAAAACCUUUCCUCUCCUUCUCUAGGGAUCCUGAAACUCCGCCACAUCUGGAACCUGAAGUUGAUGCGUUGGUGAGGAGGAAUGGGCCCCUUGCAGUGGCCACCCAUCUCUGUCCAGAUUUGCCCUUCUCCGGCUCUGGCCAGGAGGUGGCAUCCAGCAGCCCAGGCAGGGCAUGUGGGGUCCCUCAGGUCCUUCUUCUGGGGCCCCAUUCUGCAUGCUGAUUAUUGAAGGCAUUGUGCAGGGGGAGGGCAAGGAACAGAGACCCUGUAAGGCAGGGAUGACUGGGUCUGUCCCUGUCCUAGGACCCCGGCGGCUGCAGACAUCUGCUUCACCAAGGAGCUGCACUCUCACUUCUUCAGCUUGGGCAAGUGCGUGCCCGUGUGCCGAGAAAAUGGAGACAGAAGGGAACAAACCUUUCUCUGCAGGAGAUGGUGUCUACCAGAAGGGGAUGGACUUCAUUUUAGAGAAGCUCAACCAUGGAGACUGGGUACACAUCUUCCCAGAAGGGAAAGUGAACAUGAGUUCUGAAUUCCUACGCUUCAAGUGGGGAAUCGGGCGCCUGAUUGCUGAAUGUCAUCUGAACCCCAUCAUUCUGCCACUGUGGCAUGUUGGAAUGAAUGACGUCCUUCCUAACCGCCCACCCUACUUCCCCCGCUUUGGACAGCGGCUGGCCUUCCUACAGAAAAUCACUGUGCUAAUUGGGAAACCCUUCAGUGCACUGCCUGUGCUUGAGCGGCUCCGGGCAGAGAACAAGUCAGCUGUGAGUUUCCUCCCUGACUCCCCAAAGCUGUCCUCAGUCCUCCCAGUCCCCUCUGACUCCCAGGGCACCUUGGCCAAGGUCCAUGAGGGGUGCAGGCCAGCCCCCUCCUUGUCUGCAGGUGGAGAUGCGCAAAGCUCUGACAGACUUCAUUCAGGAGGAAUUCCAGCACUUGAAGACCCAGGCGGAGCAGCUCCAUAAUCACCUCGAGCCUGGGAGAUAGGUCUGCCCCACCCAGCUCCUGGCCCUGGCUUCCUUAGCCCCAAGGACCAGCUGGGUCCCCUAAGGCUUGGAGAAGAGGCAGUGCUGAGACCUCAGGCCGACCGCAGUUGGAUCUCAGUGCUGCCUUUGGAUUCUUGUCUUGUACAAAGCUGGGGCUGGAGGAUGGACUGAUGCUUUUAGCUCAGAUACGGUUUUUGCUCAUAACCCUACUGGAUGCUCUUUUCUAGUUGGUGAGCAUCAGCUCCUCUGUGGUUCUUCAGUUAAAAGAAGGGCCUCAACUAUUCUUCUCACUUGUCUGAGAAGGCAGGAAGCAGCUUAGAAAGACCUCCUUCCUUCCUGCCUUCUAACUUUCUCUCCCAGAGCUGGCACUGGAAGGGAGCAAAGUAGGCAGGUGAGCAACUAGUUGAGUGGGGAGACAUGUGGCCUGGCCAGAGCUGUGGCUGGAAGGCCAUAAGGCCUGUUGGCCUGGCUCCUACCUGCCCACCCUUGCCAAUCUAAGAGCUGUUCACUACCUCCUCAGGGAUGGCUGUCAGCCAUGUCUUCCUUCUGCCUGAGCUUCCCCCAUUGCAGGACCUGCCCUUAAGCAGGGCCUAUCCUUGGGUGGUUUACAAGCAGGAAGAGUAGUCCUUGACCAGCAGUCAAGCCAAGCUGAACAGACCCUGCAUCAAGGGCCUGAUGCAUCCCCAUGCCAGGGCCUACCCACUUCUCCAUCUUUUCUGCCUUGACAUCCCUCAUGUCAUGGGGUCUGGGUUUUCAUGUUUUUAAACAAUAAA